UUUUUUCCGUCUCUUUUCCUCCUGCCUUCGGGUUCCAGCAGAGCCGAGGAAGCCCACGGAAUAAGAAAGGAAGUGGGUUGGAGCUUGGAAGCUCCGCAGCCGGCGAGCCCUAGGCUUCGAGGGGGCGGGAGUCAACGCGCACCAGUUGCGGGCGGGGAGCGUGGUCACCCUCCUUACUCUCCUUUCUCAUUUGUUUUGAUGGUUUGUGCAACGAUCUUGUCUGCAUUGGGCUUCUCUCCUUUUUCUUAUUUGGUAGCUCUCCACCGCCUGGCUUUUGCUUUUUGCUCCUCCUCCCCUCCCCCUUUUAAUUUUUCUCUCUCCGUCUCUUGGAGCACAAUUCCAAACAUUUUCCAAACCAACAAAGAAAAAGUUCGCACGCUGGCACCGCGGCCAGGGCAGGCUGGCGGUCUGCUGCGGGUUCCCCUAGACACUUGACUCAACCUUGCAAGCCAAGUGUGUAGAGAGUGUGUGGGUAGGUGGGUGGGAGGGUGAGUCCCCCACCCCCGCCCCUGAAACUUCCAUAGCAAAUAGCAAACAUCCAGCUAGACUCAAUCGCGCAGCCCCUCCCGGCGGGCAGCGCACUAUGCGGCUCGAGUGGGCGUCCCUGCUGCUGCUGCUGUGCGCGUCCUGCCUGUCCCUGACCGCUGACAGCCCCACCAGGGCACCUGCCCAGGAUAAAACAAGGCAGCCUCGGGCUGCUGCAGUGGCCGCCCAGCCGGGCCAGCGGCAGGGGGAGGAGACGCAGGAGCUGGAGCAUCCGAACCUCCUGGCCAAGCAGCGCAGGAGCAGCGGGCUGGUGCAGAAUAUAGACCAGCUCUACUCAGGCGGGGGCAAGGUGGGCUACCUUGUCUACUUGGGCGGCCGGAGGUUCCUGCUGGAUCUGGAGAGGGAUGACUCAGUGGGCACCGCUGGUGGCAUCCUUACUGCAGGAGGCGGGCUGAGUGCAUCAUCUAGCCACCGGGGUCACUGCUUCUACCGGGGCACUGUGGAUGGCAGCCCUAGAUCACUAGCUGUCUUUGACCUCUGUGGGGGUCUGGACGGCUUCUUCGCGGUCAAGCACGCGCGCUACACUCUGAAGCCGCUCCUGCGUGGGUCCUGGGCAGAGGCAGAGGCCGGACGAGUGUACGGGGAUGGGUCUUCGCGCGUCCUGCACAUCUACACCCGCGAGGGCUUCAGCUUCGAAGCCCUGCCGCCACGCGCCAGCUGUGAGACUCCCGCGUCCCCGCCUAGGCCUCAAGAGCGCCCCUCGGUGCACGGUAGUUCCAGGCGACGCGCAGCUCUGGCCCCGCAGCUCCUAGACCAGUCAGCCUUCUCACCAGCUGGGGACGCAGGACCUCAGACCUGGUGGAGGCGGAGGCGCCGCUCCAUCUCUAGGGCCCGCCAGGUGGAGCUCCUUUUGGUGGCUGACUCCUCCAUGGCAAGGAUGUAUGGCCGGGGCCUGCAGCAUUACCUGCUGACCCUAGCCUCCAUCGCCAACCGGCUGUACAGUCACGCUAGCAUCGAGAACCACAUCCGCCUGGCCGUGGUGAAGGUGGUGGUGCUGGCUGACAAGGAGAAGAGUCUGGAGGUGAGCAAGAAUGCCGCCACGACCCUCAAGAACUUUUGCAAGUGGCAGCACCAGCACAACCAGCUAGGCGAUGACCACGAGGAGCACUAUGAUGCAGCCAUCCUCUUCACCCGAGAGGAUUUAUGUGGGCAUCAUUCAUGUGACACCCUGGGAAUGGCAGACGUUGGGACCAUAUGUUCUCCGGAGCGCAGCUGUGCUGUGAUUGAAGACGAUGGCCUCCACGCAGCUUUCACUGUGGCUCAUGAAAUUGGACAUCUACUUGGCCUCUCCCAUGAUGAUUCCAAAUUCUGUGAAGAGAAUUUCGGUUCCACAGAGGACAAACGUCUAAUGUCUUCAAUCCUUACCAGCAUUGAUGCAUCCAAGCCGUGGUCGAAAUGCACUUCAGCCACCAUCACAGAAUUCCUGGAUGAUGGUCACGGUAACUGCUUGCUAGACCUACCACGAAAACAGAUUCUGGGUCCUGAGGAACUCCCGGGGCAGACCUACGAUGCCACCCAGCAGUGCAACUUGACAUUUGGGCCUGAAUACUCUGUGUGUCCUGGCAUGGAUGUCUGUGCCCGGCUGUGGUGUGCUGUGGUGCGCCAAGGCCAAAUGGUGUGUCUGACCAAGAAGCUGCCUGCUGUGGAAGGGACGCCCUGUGGGAAGGGCAGAAUCUGCCUGCAGGGUAAAUGUGUGGACAAAACUAAGAAGAAAUAUUACUCAACAUCAAGCCAUGGAAACUGGGGAUCCUGGGGCCCCUGGGGCCAGUGUUCUCGCUCAUGUGGGGGAGGAGUACAGUUUGCCUACCGCCAUUGCAACAACCCUGCACCUCGAAACAGUGGCCGCUACUGCACAGGAAAGAGGGCCAUAUACCGCUCCUGCAGUGUGACGCCCUGUCCACCUAAUGGUAAAUCUUUUCGUCAUGAACAGUGUGAGGCCAAAAAUGGCUAUCAGUCUGAUGCAAAAGGAGUCAAAACAUUUGUGGAAUGGGUUCCCAAAUAUGCAGGUGUCCUGCCAGGAGACGUGUGCAAGCUUACCUGUAGAGCCAAGGGCACUGGUUACUAUGUGGUCUUUUCUCCAAAGGUUACAGAUGGGACUGAAUGUCGGCCGUAUAGCAACUCUGUGUGUGUCCGAGGAAGGUGCGUGAGAACUGGCUGUGAUGGCAUCAUUGGCUCAAAGCUGCAAUAUGACAAGUGUGGAGUAUGUGGAGGGGACAAUUCCAGUUGUACAAAGGUUAUUGGAACCUUCAACAAAAAAAGUAAGGGUUACACAGACGUUGUGAGGAUCCCUGAAGGAGCAACUCACAUAAAAGUCCGACAAUUCAAAGCCAAAGACCAGACUAGGUUCACUGCCUAUUUAGCCCUAAAGAAGAAGAAUGGUGAGUACCUUAUCAACGGCAAGUACAUGAUCUCCACUUCAGAGACUAUCAUCGACAUCAAUGGCACAGUCAUGAACUACAGUGGGUGGAGCCACAGAGAUGAUUUUUUGCAUGGGAUGGGCUAUUCAGCCACAAAAGAAAUUCUGAUUGUACAGAUUCUUGCAACAGACCCAACAAAAGCAUUAGAUGUCCGUUACAGCUUUUUUGUUCCCAAGAAGUCCACUCAAAAAGGAAACUCAGUCAUUAGCCAUGGCAGCAACAAAGUGGGACCACAUGCUCCACAGCUGCAGUGGGUGACAGGCCCAUGGCUGGCCUGCUCUAGAACCUGUGACACAGGCUGGCACACCAGGACGGUGCAGUGCCAAGAUGGAAACCGGAAACUAGCAAAGGGAUGCCUUCUCUCUCAGAGGCCUUCUGCAUUUAAGCAAUGUUUGCUGAAGAAAUGUUAGCCUGUGGUUUGUUCCCAUGCACAAAGGUAACUGGAGGAUCAUCGCAGGUGUCAUUGUGGUGAAGACAAGGCCUAACCAAGGCACAGAAAGUGGUGCGUCAGUGUCAUGGUCACUAGGAGUCGAAUUAUGGGCAGAAUCUGCUCUCUGCGACCAAAACAUGUACACUACUUCAUGUCAUGAUGGUGCACUUGGAAUACAGAAAGCGUGGGAGUUUUGGAACAUCCUGGGGCCUACACAAAAGGAGACACGCAAUGAUGAAUGUAGAAUCGAGGACAGUUGAAGAUGGCAGAGUAGUUUGUCACCUACCUCUUAUAGAAUGUCUUCAAAGGCAUUGUGAUCAUGUUCAGACAUGACACACAACUUAUUUUUACUGUUUGUAAAUGCAUCCACCCUUGGAAUGUCACUUUAUAUCCUUGGUCCUAUUGAUAUAGCUAUAUGUAUAUUUCAAUAAGAAAGUAUUUGACCAAAGUAGGUCUGCAGCUAUUUCAACUACCAGCUUCCAGAAAGAGCUGUGGAAGAUUUACUGGAAAUUAAGAACUUGCUGCUGUUAAACAAGAUUUUGUGUAUUGUCUGACUCCAGGAGAUAAUGUUUUAGUCAAAACACAUUUUGACAGCAAGCAUCUUCUGAGAAAUUCUAAAAGGGGAAAGGAUCUGUGUGUAUCUGGUCAUUUAAGCACAUCCUCAGGUCCAUGUACUCUAACAUUUGACUGUCUGUAUUUUUUUCAGGCAGCCAGCCAAAUUAUUGUAUCAUUGUGGUGUAGAAAUUGUGUUUUCCUGUGUAUAUGUGAUCAAUAUCCAAGGGUCUUAAACAUUAGUUUGCUUGUAUUGGAAUUUAAAAGAAAAAAAUAUGUCACUGUGUUUUCAAUUUAUAGUUUCACAACAGCUUACUUUCUGUGGCUCCCAGCUAAUAUUUCACAAUGUGUAGUAAACAUAAAGAACACACAGCAUCAAGUUAUCUGUCACAUCCAGCACCUUCAGUACCAGCAUACCUCUUCUCAGCCAGCCUUCAAAAUGUGUUUGUGUUUGCUUGUUUGUUUUUCCCAAGAGUUGGAAAAGACUUAUAUUCUGUAUUGACUGGGUCUAACAGUAAUAUUAAAAUCACUUCAUGUUUAGUCUCAUCUAAAAGGAGCAAUCGGUAUUAAUUCAAUUAAUUCAAUAAAUCAAACUCAUUAGCAUUAAUAAGACUGUUUCCACAUCAUAGGCAAUCAUCUCAUAAUUAAAAAAACAAGUAUAUACCUACUGUAUUAGAGAAUUUUCCCAAUUGCAAAGUGUUUGACUAUACCAGUGAAUGUAUAAAUAAUGAAAUUUAAGGGUUUUCAGGAAGUCUCUUGCCUGUGCAGGAAGGUUGUAUAUUAAAAAUAUUUAAUAAUCAUAAACAGAAAAUAUUCUUUAUACUAUACACUGCACAACUCCCCUUGGAUAACUCAAAUAAUAUAGCAUGUUUUAUUCCACUGAGAUUUUUUUUUCAUUUGUGAAAUACUGCAAAGCAAAUUGUUUUAUAUAAAUUUUAUAGUGAUCAUACCAAAUGUGCCUACUGUUAAAGAUUUGCAUAUAAGGAUUUUAGGAAAUCCUGACUGGAAUUCCACUAAAUGUAUGAGAGUUUAUUUUAUUAUAGGAUAUUUUAAUAUAAAAAAUUAUGUAAUUGAUGACUCUAUGUCACCUUUAUUUCAGCAGACCAGAAAGAAAAGAAAUAAAUUAUACUGUCUUUUUUUUUUAAGAAAUUAUUUUGUGAAAUAGGUCAAUUCUCUUCCAAACCAAUCAUCAUCCUUUAAAAUCUCAAAGCCUGGUCUCUUUAAAUAAAGAAAUUCAACAUAUAUCAAACUGGUGGCCAAUAUUGAUUGGAGGUCUCCAAAUAUAGAGCAGGAAAUCAAUCCAGUCAAACUCAUCAGAAAACAAAAAAGUUAAAGAUCACAUUGAUUAUUUAACUGUACAAAUAGAGAAUAAAUAGUUUAAUGUAACUUUUUCCAGUUUUGAAAAUAAUACGAACCAAAUAACAGUUCAAAUGUGACAAAAUUCAUAUUUUUCUCUUUUGUGGUUAUUUUUAAAAUAAAAUAAAGCAUAAACUUGAUUGUUACCUACUCUGCUUCCCCAUAUGACCUUCAUAGAUUUUAAUAAGAUUUUUCAGUGGUUUGCUUUUCCCUACAAUAAUGAAGUUUUACUCUUCACAUUGGAAUAGUUCCAGCAAGGACAGAACGAUCAAACUACUAUUCUCUGUCUGAAGGAAUUCUCUCUCCAUUUUAAAGCGAGAAUCCUACAUGGACAGGGGAAUGUACCUAAAACUCCUAAGGAAAGAGACACAGCAAACUGAGAUUCAGAAGAGGGGAGUUGUCAGGGAAGGAAAGGGUGAUGGGUGGUGGAGGGCAACCCAUAUUCAGUCCAGUUUGAUUAUGUACCAUGUCUUCCAUCUUCCCACUGUGUAUCUUGAAUUGUUAAAAGACCUUGAAUUUAGGAUGAUGAAUAAAUAUGGGGGGAAGACAAUGCUCAGGUUACGAAACUCCUAACCUCACUUGCAUAAAAAUCACUCCAGAAUGUUUCAUUAAGUGCGAGAGAGCCCAGAAUAAAAGAAUGUCUGGUCAUUUUACAACAGAAAAGGCCGCGUUAACCCUCCUUGUUGCUUAGAAGCAUAAGAGCAUUGUUAUAAUUAUUUAACAGAUUCAGCAUCCAUUGCCUUCCUGUGGAAACAGUUUUAAACUAAGAAUUGAGGGAUGAAUCACAAAUGAACAAAAAAAAGUUGCAGCACUGAAAAAUUAAGUAAUUUAUUGUUUUUCGCAACUGCUAUGUGAAUUUCUGUGAUGAAAUUAUUUAUUCUUAUUUAACAAAAAAUUAUGUGCAAAUUCUUCUAUAUUUAAAAUGUUUUGCUAUUGUCCUAUUUUUUAAUUUAUGCUUCUUGUUUGUGUAUAAAGUGCACUUUGUGAGUUUAUAUAAUAUACAGCACUGGUGGCUUUUGUAUUUUUUUUUUACAGAAAUCUUUCUGUGUGAAGCAAGUGUAUGUGUGCAUAUUCCUCAUGUGUUUUUAAUCUGCCACUUUCUUAAAUUUAGUCUUUCAUGGCUAGUAGUGCUCCUUACUCAUCACUAUAUUAAUAAGUCAUUCAAAUCCCAUUAACAUUGACUUUUUUUCAGGUCACAAGUUUAAAAAUGUAUAUUUAAUCAAGCAAGUAGCAAGUUUUUAACCAGAGGAUAUAUAUGGCUUAUAAGCUUCCCACAGAAGCUAAGUCACAAUGGAGGAUCUGAUAUAAAACAGUCAUAGUGGUACAAGCCUCAAUCCCAACACUUAGGAGACUGGAGUGGAGGAUCAUGAGUUUGAGGCCAGUGUGGGAUACAUAACUGAACCCUGUCUGGGGAGAAAAAAAACAGAAUCAGUUUCAUUUACGUCACUGAUAAAGAUAUACAAGGAGCUGUUAAUGCAUUAUAUGAAAGUCAUGUACUCACAACUUCUAAGUGAAUUUAGGAAUGAUAAACAUAAAGUCUUACAGCUUUAGAAAGAGGUCCCCAAAAUACUCUGAAUUAGUAUCUCCUGUCUCUAGAGAUUCUAUAGAUGAUCUUAAACAACAUGGAUUUGUGCGAUGUUGAUAGUAUGAGUCACAACUUUGUCUGUGGGUACAGAUGGACACUGCAAAAUGUGACCUUUUACUGCUAUCAAACUGUCCAGAGUGACAGGACCUGGAGCUAGCAGGCACAGCUCUGGUAACAGAAGCUCAUCUGUGACUGUGAUUGCACAUUCCAGUCGUGGCAAUAAGGUCAAGCACUCUUGGACCCACUAUGCGACUCACUGGGUCAAUCCCUGCCUCUCAUAUUCCUCCACUGGUAGCUUCUUUGUUAGCAAGUUAACAAGAUCAGUGAAACAAGUGGGAGCUAUAGGCAGCUUCAGAAGUCCAAAGUGUUCACUAUCACUGCAGCUCAUUGUUAGAUAUAUGUUAAGUACAAUAUUCUACUUAAUUCUACUCAUAGUUGACAACUCUGUAAGACGGCACUGUCAUAAUGUAUAAAUAUCACUCAUCUCUUUACAGUGAAACACAGGGUCAUACAAAUGCAUUACAUUUUUUGAGUUUUUCGUGGCUACAAAAUAAAAGAAAGAACCAUAAGAACAAAACAGAUCAUUCAAGACAGAUGCAAAACCAUAUUUAAAGAAUUUCAUCAUUGAAAAACACAGAAAAGGAACUUGUAUGGUUUCUAUAUUAUUUUUCUCAUUGACCAACAAUUUAUAGUUCCAGAAAAUCGAACACAUAAAUCAGUCUGAAUAGUCACCUAAAAUGUGCUAAUAAUUCUGUAUUAACAUGAACUAUAGACAUGGCUUAUUGAAUCAUAUUACCACAAAGCACAUCAGUCUAUAAUCAAGCUAUAAAUUCCAUUCAAUCAAACUAUGGGGCUAUAUUGUAAUAUGGGUCUAUUCAUUCAUUAUUCAGUCAGUGCACAGGAAUAAAAAUGUUCAAAUCAGCAAAAAAAAUUCCACCCAAUAAAUUCUUGAUGUCGAAUAUAAUUCUAGUGCAAGUCUUGUGGGGGAUAUAAUGAGGUAUUUAUUUAUGUUGGAAGAGAAUGAAACUUUGACAUUCAUAUUAGAACAUACAGUCAUAAUCUGUUAAUAUAUCAGCACCUUUUCAAUAUGUUUGGUCUCUAGUCCUUACCUUAUGGUUAUACUAACCAGCAUAUGUAGACUACAUAGAUUAAUAGAAAAUAUAAUACUGCUCCAUCUGAUCCAUCACCCUGUAAAGCAACACCCCCAGUGACUCAAGAGUCUAACUCAAAGGAGACCUGUCCUCAGAACAGACUGUUUUCACUCCAUUUCCCUUUGCCUUGUCCAGUGAAAAACUGCUAUUGUAACAGAGGUGCUAACAUCUUUAGUGGUUAACUGUCAAAUAUAGUAUCUCUGACUUAGUUUUAAUUUCAAUAUGAUUCUACAAUUUACAAGAACGAUCUCUAAUCUUUUUGUCAAGGCCAGGCACAAUUUAUUCCUCAGAGUCUGAGAAGUCAGCGUAUUUAAUGGCCAUUCUAAUCAAAGAUAUAUGUGAGGGCACUUACAAUGUCAUCAAAACUUGAAGAGAGACAGAUGAGAGUUUGGUCUUGGUAUUUCUGAAUUCCUAAGCUGUCAACAGUCCCCUGAAAUAUAUGUGUGUGUUUUCUUUUUAAACUUUGUAAUAUGUCAUGCCAUAGUCAACACUUAGUGCCUAGGUCUCAACCUCUUCUAAGCUUUGCAUUGCAAGUACUGGUACCGUACAUCUAUACAAAGAAUAUAUGUAGAUUAGGGGUUCUCACCAAUGUGUAGUAUUGUAAGGAUAGACUUCUGAUUGAGAAAUGUAUGAUCUUUUCAUGGCAGUUCUGCAGUGUACAUUGCUGGUUCUUCUUACUAUAAUCAAGAGCUAGUAAAGACCACUUACAUUUACUAGUGGUCUAUUGAUUGAAUGGUGAGAAACAUACAUAGUUUUUAGAGUAGACAUUACAAGUAACUAAGUCAAUGAUAGAAAUACACCCCAUGUGGCAUAAGCAGUGACAUCAAUACUUAACUUUUAUAUUGGUGUCUAUGAGUAAAGCCAAAUAAUAAACCUGAGUAGUUGUAGCUCAGACUUUUAAAGUCUUGAAACGUAUUUUCCUGAUAAAGAAGAAUAAUGAAGCUUUACAUAACAUUACUUUCUGGAAAUGAAGACAUGUGAUGCAUUUGUAUGACCAAAAAUCCUAGAAAAGUGAGGCAGGUUUUGAUUAAAAUGUCUCCUUAGCUUUGACAAACUUCAGGUUGGAUUCAGCUAUUUAGAGCAUUGCUUUAUCUCAUUCUACAGUCUACACCAACUCUCCUAUGCAGGAAAAUACUUGAACUGAGCUGUUUGGACCUAUACUGUAAUAACUUUUCAUUGAGAAAUACUAUCCUAUUUUGUGAAGCAUUUUCCUGUUUGAAAUUAAACUGUAAAUCUAAAUGCUGUUUCGGUGGGCAUAAUAAAUAGAAAUUGUAAACUA